CAACAGUUAAACUUUUACGGGCAUCUGGACGAGGCGGAUUACAGUUUUGUGGAAAAGGAAGAAAAAAACACAUAUACUCAAAAUGACUUCAAUUGAGCAACUUUUAAACUUUAGUAAUCCCAUUUUCAAGUCCUAUGUCUUCUGGACUGGAGUCUUGGUGAUCAAAACUCUGGGAAUGAGUUUACUCACAGCUUCGCAGCGUUUUAAGACAAAGACCUUUGCCAAUCCCGAGGAUUUGAUGUCACCCAAGUUGAAAGUUAAAUUCGAUGAUCCCAAUGUAGAACGUGUACGUCGUGCUCACCGCAACGAUCUGGAAAAUAUAUUGCCCUUCUUUAUCAUUGGCCUACUGUACACGCUGACCAAUCCAUCAGCCUUCUUGGCCAUCACACUGUUCCGUGUUGUGGGCAUUGCCCGGAUUGUCCACACAUUGGUCUAUGCCGUGGUUGUUGUCCCACAGCCGGCACGUGCUCUCUCCUGGUUUGCGGCCUACGGUGCUACCAUCUACAUGGCCGUCCAGGUGGUCCUAACAGCAGCUUUUUAAAAUCUAUGAACAAAUUGUUAUCAACUUGUAAUUUUGUGACGUUUUGAUUAUAGGAUAUCUUCUCCUUUUUUUUGUUUAUUUCAA